UCACUCCUCCUCACUCACACCCAGCUGCUGCACCAUCGUCUCCCUGAUGCGCCGGCCGUUGGCCAUCGGUAUCCCGGCAGUCUCUCUGGCGGCACUCGCGCCAGCUCCCAGCCGGUCGAGGACAGAUGCCUCGCCCGGCGGGAAGCGCAGGACGCGCAGCGCCAAGAAGCUGCCGUAUGGACGCAGACGGCCGUCGGUGGCGUUGUGAAGGUCGCGCACCACCACCACUUCCUCCUCCUCCCGCUGCACCUGCUGCUGUGGCAGCUCCUCCUCGCCGUCUCCACUGCAGAUGAACAGGGAGUACGCCGGGCCCCCCAGCGUCAACAGCCCCUGGGCGCGCCGGUACUCGCCCCUGAAGGCCUCCAUGAUGGCCGGCUGGAUGAAGGGGGGCACGACGCCCUUCUGUUGGGCCAGGGUGGCGGUGUCGGCAGGCGUGUCUGCGGGGGGGCUGCUCGCCUUGAGG